AAUACCAUCUUCAAUUUCAAUUCCAUAUAUUUCUGCUAAGCUGUAACAAUUUUCGCUUUCGCAAUCAUCCAAAAAAAAAAAACAAUCAUCUUUAUAAUUUUCAUAAUGGAACAUGGACAAAGCGCACUUCGUAACACCAUCGAGCUCGAUACAAUCCGAGCUAACACCGUUUACGAAAACAAUAAUCAGCAACAAAAAGGCGGUGAUAAUGAGGACGUGGACUAUACGAAACGAGCCCAGUGGUUGCGUGCGGCGGUCCUAGGGGCCAAUGAUGGGCUUAUUACAACAGCUUCAUUGAUGAUGGGGGUGGGUGCGGUGAAGCAGGAUGUCAAGGCUAUGAUACUGACAGGGUUCGCUGGCCUUGUAGCCGCUGCGUGCAGCAUGGCUAUCGGCGAGUAUGUGUCUGUCUACUCGCAGGUUGACAUCGAACUUGCUCAAAGGAAAAGAGACAAAAAGGAUAAGGGUUUUGAGGGGGAGAGUUUGCCAAGCCCUAUGCAAGCGGCAUUUGCUUCCUCCCUUGCUGUUGCGGUGGGGGCUAUGGUGCCUCUGCUGGCUGCAUUGUGUGUAAAGGAUUAUAAGGUCAGGCUUGGGGUGGUGCCUGCAGCUGUCACGGUGGCUUUGGUGGUGUUUGGCUGGUUGGGGGCGUAUCUAGGGAAAGCACCAAUUUUAAGGGCUUCUUUGAGGGUUUUGUUAGGUGGUUGGUUUGCUAUGGGUAUUACAUUUGGCCUAACAAAGUUCAUUGGGUCACGUGCACUUUAAGUUUAUACUUCUAUCGACUAUCAAUAUCCAGAUAUAGUUACUAAUUAAUAAGUUGAUAGUUUAAAUUACAUUACCAAGCAAUAAUUAUUACCGGCCGGGUCGGGUUGUAAUAUCAUACUACUUGUACUCUGUAUAACUCAUCUCGUUUUUAUAUGUAAGUGUUGUUUUAUUUU